GCGAGCGUUGGGCUCCGCCGCGCCGCGCUGGGCGCUCGGUCCGCCUCAGCGGUGGGGAGAGAGCCAGGCCUCCUGCUAACGCCGCAUCGGGGGGCUGCAGCCCCGGGCCAGGCCCCAACCGGGGCAGGAGCGCAGGCUGUUUCCCACUAAGACUGGGCCGUGACAAUAACAGUUUCCAGGACUGCUUGUCUGGACAGGUUUGACAUUGAUUCACUCUAAUGAAUGCUUGCCAAGUACAAGGCACUGUGCUGCAUGCUCUGUGAGAGCUACAGAAAAAAGUAUGAUUACUCAUACCUUUCAGUUUACAGUAUAGUAGGGGAGAGGAAAUCAAGAUAGACCAAGGCUGAAUUGCUUGCUGCCUCCCUUUGCAUAUGUUGAAGUGCUAAUCCCCAGUGCCUGGGAAUGUGACCGAAUUUGGAGAGUUGGGAGAGCUGGCAUUUAAAGAGGGCCCCUGUUAUGCACCUAAAGCCAUAUUGGAAACUCCAGAAGAAAGAACGACCUCUGGAAAUCAGCAGGGAAACUUUGAGAACUCCUAUGAGCCACCACGAAGCUAUAAAUGAUGAAAAAUGCAAAGCUAGCUACAUGAAACCAAGUGUCUUUCCUUCACCCUCUCUUGGUAAAGCGUCAUCUCGAAAGCCUUUUGGGAUUCUUUCUCCAAAUGUUCUGUGCAGCAUGAGUGGGAAGAGCCCGAUAGAGAGCAGCUUGAAUAUUAAAACCAAGAAGAAUGCACAGUCUGCAACAAUCCACCAGGGUGAAGAAGGGGAAGGGCUGCUUGAUAUCUGGGCUGUUGUAAAACCGGGAAAUACCAAGGAAAAAAUUGCAUUCUUUGCAGCCCACCAGUGUAGCAAUAGGAUAGGAUCUAUGAAAAUAAAAAGCUCCUGGGAUAUUGAUGGGAGAGCUACUAAAAGAAGGAAAAAAUCAGGAGAUCUUAAAAAAGCCAAGAUACAGUUAGAAAGGAUGAGGGAAGUCAACAGCAGGUGCUACCAGCCCGAGCCCUUUGCGUGUGGCAUUGAGCACUGUUCUGUGCAUUAUGUGAGUGACAGUGGGGAUGGCGUCUAUGCCGGGAGGCCUCUCUCAGUCAUACAGAUGGUUGCCUUCCUUGAGCAAAGAGCCAGUGCCCUGCUAGCUACAUGUACGACAAACUGCACCAACUCACCUGCUGUGGUGAGGUUUCCUGGGCAAUCCAGAGGUGUACCCCCAGGCUCUGAGCCCUUUUCUGCCCCAGGAGCUUGUGAAGAAUCCACGGAAAGGGGAAAUCCUGAGGUUGGUGAACCACAGAGCGAGCCAAUCCGUGUCCUCGACAUGGUAGCCAGGCUGGAGUCUGAGUGCCUGAAGCGUCAGAGCCAGCGUGAGCCUGGGAACCUCUCGAGGAAUAACAGCUUCCGUCGAAAUGUGGGCCGCGUGUUGCUUGCAAAUGGCACUCAGGCUAAUGAGGGCAAAACAAACAAAGGCGCCUUGGAGGCAGCAGACACUCAGGUGAAUCCUGUGGGGUCUGUGUCUGUGGACGGUGGGCCCUCAAGAGCUGACCCUUGUUCUCCCAAGGGGGAGGAGUCCUGGGACGGCGCUCCUCGGGGCCGUCCCUCGUUGCCAGCGAGUGUGAAUUUCCUCAUGGACAGUGCAGAAUUUGAGCCAGAUCAGCAAAGUGCUAUGAAAAACGGCAAUAGAUACGAUGUGGAGAUGACAGAAGAACUUGUUGGGUCAUCCUUUCCUCCUCGCACCUGCUCUCAAGCCAUUGAACUGCCCACAGAUGCUGUUGAUUGUCUGAGUAGAGAACUCGUGCCGCUCACUAGCCAAACUCCUGAUCAGAGAAGAAAGGAAUCUUUGUGCAUUAGUAUCACUGUGUCCAAGGUAGAGCAAGGCCAGCCUUCUAGUUUAAAGCCCUGUGAAGACCCACUUCCGGGGAUGUUGUUUUUUUUGCCACCUGGUCAGCACCAGUCAGACUGUUCCCAGUUGAAUGAAAGCACAGGGGAGUCUUGCGUUGCCGGCCAGCUUCAGGCUGCUGCUGAGGGCGAUGGUACCGCUGAGGAGAAAAGUGUUGCCGCUGAUUCGCUUGUCCUGCCAGCCUCUCCUGCGGAAAGCACGCUACCGGUGCUUGAGUUGUCCAGUUGGAAGAAGCAAGUGUCUCAUGACUUUCUGGAGACCAGGUUUAAAAUCCAGCAGCUUCUGGAGCCUCAGCAGUACAUGGCUUUUCUGCCCCACCACCUCAUGGUGAAAAUCUUCAGGUUACUUCCCACCAGGAGCUUAGUGGCUCUCAAGUGUACCUGCUGCUAUUUCAAGUUUAUCAUUGAAUACUACAAUAUCAGGCCAGCAGAUUCCCGCUGGGUGCGAGAUCCACGGUACAGAGAGGACCCUUGCAAGCAGUGCAAGAAAAAGUACGUGAAAGGGGAUGUGUCCCUGUGCCGGUGGCACCCCAAGCCCUACUGCCAGGCUUUGCCCUACGGGCCAGGAUACUGGAUGUGCUGCCACCGGUCUCAGAAAGCCUUCCCUGGCUGUAAGCUGGGGCUUCAUGACAAUCACUGGGUCCCUGCGUGUCACAGCUUUAAUCGGGCAAUCCAUAAGAAAGCAAAGGGGACGGACACUGAAGAGGAAUACUGAAGCCUUCGUGAGAGGCGACAGAAGGACUGGUUUUCUAGAAUUGCAGACCCCCACCUCGAGCUAUAGAGACACCAUGCAAGUGAGUGUUGCCUCUCAGAGCUGUCCCUCUAGGCGAAUCCGUACGUAUUCUAUCAGGACUGGCAUUGCUCAGGCAAUUUUUAAACUCUUGCUUUACGCACUGUACAAGGAAAUCGGUCUCAUUGUUUAUAGUGGCACCUCCCAUUUGGUUCAGGGUGGUACCCCACAGUUUGAUUCACUUAGCUGUGAAUAACUAUGCCUGUUCUCCCAAACAAAUCCAUCCUCAGAGGACGAAGACUUGCCACCGUCAAGGACAUUCAGAAGAGUUCAUUGCAGACUAUGCAGGCGAUCCCCAAAAAGGGGUUCCAGAAAUGUUUUCAAGCACUGGCACCAUAUUUGAAAUAAGUGAGUAGUGUCCUAUGGAAAAUAGCAGCACUCUCGGACGAAAGUAUGCUUUCAAAGGAAAAGUCAGGCACCUUACCUUAGCCCUUGUAUGCUUGAUCUGUGAGAUUGAGGUUUGUGAUUGGAGAUGGAUUUCAUGCCCUGUGGUGUUUACAGUGUAUAUAAUGGUUGUGUUUUCAUAGGGCUGUGAAAGUGCACAUUAAACCCGAGCGCCUUUACCUUAGAUGAGUGCUUUUGACCCCUCUGUAAAUAACACUGUUAAAUCCAGUUGUAUAGCGCAGACAGCUGACUGAACAGAAGCCCCACAAUGCAGCUAGGAUAGUGUUGCGGCUACAGUUUUAUGGGGUUUUUGUGUGUGUGUAUGUGUGUGUGUGUGUGUGUGUGUGUGUUUUGUCUUGUCUUAAAUUUGUACAUCCUGUAUAAAAUAUGAAUGUUUCCCAAAUAAACUAUGAAUGUUUCCUGUAUAAUAUAUGAAUGUUUCUGAGAAGAAACUCUAAAUAGUUAAGAGGUUAACCUGUUGAAGAUACCAAAUAAUGGUUUAACUGGACAACCUUAAAAUUAGCAUAGAGAAAAAUCCUUUGUUAUAUUUUAGUGAUCCAUCAAGAAUGAGAGAAUAAUAUUAUAUAGUCAGAUUAUAACAUUCUUGUCUACUUUACUCUUUCUGUCUGGUUAUGAAUUUUUUUUAACUUCAAUAAAAACAUGCAUCUUAAAUGGGA